AUUACCCACCCUACAGGGUGAACUCGAGAUGCAGGUAGCUACGAUGCCUUUGAAUAGGGGUUUGCCUCCCGGUCCCCAGAAACAUAACAAAAAGGAAGCAAAAUUGAUACAGCAACGCCUAGAGAGGUUGGCUAAAGUCAACAAUCACAUACCUGCCCUAUUUGAUGCGGUCCAGCAUGGUUAUCUAGAAAAGGCAAGGACAAUAUUGGAGUCAACAGACGUAGACGUGAAUAGUUUGAAUUCUGAUGGACUCUCACCUUUAGAUGUUGCUGUUUUAAGCAAUAAUAGGCCGUUAGUGAAAAUGCUUGUUAGUUUUGGAGCUAGGGAAGGCAAUCAAUUUUCGAGUACAGAAAAACUGGGAUCGCAUUUGAAACAAUUACUGGGUGAUGCUGAAAUGCGCCUCCACGAACUCGGUGGACUCUUAGAAGAUCCUUGUGGCGUACCACCGAAUACCAGAGCUUCAUUCUCCAGUAUCAUCGGAAAUGCUUAUCCAACAUCAUCCAUGACAGGCUGUGCCGGUGGUGACACAGAAAAGCAAGCAGUAGCUUGGGGAAGAAGAGCGAAAUCUUUAAAAAGACUUGUGCUAGGAUUCGCACAAGCCAGACCUCCUGAUCCUCCGUCUCUUGUAGCUUUGGAUAUAUCUUCUUGUUCUACUGUCGCGGUGCGAUUGCAGGAACCCACAGCUAGUGACUCACCAAUUACCACCAAGUUCAAAGUACAAUGGUCUACGCGGGCGGAUUUCUCGAUAAUUACGGGUGAAAAAGAAAUACUAGAGAUAUCCAAUCCUAACUGUACCAUAGAACUAACUCAGGGAAGGCGAUACUUUUUCCGGGCGGCUUGUGGCAAUUUAAAAGGUUUCGGCGCUUUCUUCACGUCCACUCCAUCUUCAGUAGUACCUUCCACUUGGAGAGCUAUCGAGCGAAAGGAGGAAAGGUUUGGUAACCAAUUGAAACAAUUAGAUGAACUAAUGGAAGAGGUGAAACAAUUUAGGCCCGGUAGCGAAAUUUUGGAAACGCAGAAUUCUCAAAGAAGGGUCCAGAAAAAGAAAACCACUAUCAAACAGCUUUUUACGGCUGCCAGUAAAUUCCAAAAGCAUCUCAGAAGGGGCAUUUAUUUAGCAUGUAUUCUAUACCACGAAGACAAAGUAUUAGUAACAAAUGAAGACUUUUUACCUGUGAUAGAAAUAGACGAAACAUUCCCAAGUUGCAUCCACACGGAUCUACACUGGUUGAUGAAAAUAGCCUGUACCUGGGACGACACGAAGCUCCUCAGAUCCGAAAUGGAAAAGCACUCGUCAUCAGCCAUUCAUUUUCGCACCAAGCUGCUGACGGCAGCCAUGCAAAUGCAGUCCUCUCUCUGCCUUCAAGAUCUCGGUCAGCUCUAUUACAAACCUCUGCGGGAUUCCCAAGGAACAAUGGUGUUAAGUACUAUAAACUAUGUGAAAACUCCAAAAAGUGUGUCUGUGUUAAAUUCGAGGUGGUUACCGAUGAACAAAGUCUUCAAAAAAAUGGUGCUCAGUGACGAUCAUAGUAUUUCAGAAAUACUCAUGGCCAGUAUCCAAGAACAAAUCAAUUACCAUCAGGUUUCUAGUCUGAAAUUGAGUAGGGGACUAUAUCUGGCUUACUUGAAGAUGCAGAGUUCCGUGGAUAUGAUACAAGUUGUGGUGUCCUCCAAAUCUCCGAAUAUGUUGCCCCAUUGUAAAAUUCGAGAUAAUCCACAUGUGUCAGCAGAAGAAUGGGAAUACUUGAAACAGCAACAUCUUCCAGACAUCCUAGACAAUGCAACUGAACUCCAACGAACAUUCCUAGAGCUAGUCACAAGUGCCGCCAAACGCCUUUUCAACUACAUGGAUAUAAGCAACGAAGACGCCAACAUCCACCGUUUGUUUGACACUGAAGUUAUAGAUCUCACUGAUGAAGUUAGUUUUAUAGUUGUUUGUCCAUCUGCAGAAUUUUCCUGCUCUGUUCCGGGGCAAAGGGAAAUUCUUCUCCAACGAGGGGAUCUACUCAGUUUGCCACUUCAGGUUUUUGAAAUGAUCCAUUUAAACACCUAUCAGAACAGUAUUAUAAGAAAGUAUUCCAAACUCAGCUGCCUCUUGGAACUAGAUGCCGCAACAGCAAGCCACUUACAUAGAGAAGCCUUCUCCAAUAGCGAAGUAGCGAUAGCCAAAGAACGGUUAACUAAAUUACAGGACCUUCAAACUAAGCUGAAUACUAUCUGGAAAAGCGUCAGGUGGUUGAUGGAAGUAAUUUCUUUUGCUAGAGAUCGUGUUACUUGUGGAAUGAGUAUGAGGUUCAUUCUGGAGAAAGAAUCUGGCAUGUGUACUAGUCCAAAACGAAGUCUUUUGCAGAUUCCUCCUCGCGAUACAAAAUCAGUGAAGAGUACUCCAGGUAGAGGUUCAUGGCCGGGGCCAGGGGCUUCUAAUAUUACUCCAGGAGGCAGUCUUAUCAACGAAUUCAGUAAAAGUGAACAACACUUGAGCACAAACGAAAACACGCAAUACCUCAGUGCUUGCAGCGAUCCAGAGUCUCGAAAAAACAGCGACAGUUACAACAGUGAUUACUUCAGCCAGAAUUUACCUCCGUCACGUAGUGAAGACAUGCUUUUUAGCAUUCCAACUAGUACCACUCAACAACGUUUUCGAACCAACACUAUUUCAAGUAUUUCUGCUACUACCAGUCCUAUGCUGGGUACUAGGUCGCUACGUUCUGGAAGCAUGUUGAGUGUCAAUACUCUCAAUACGACCAACACUUCAGAUAGUAUGCAUAGUUUUAGUUCAGAUAGUGAUGAUUGUUUACACCCUAUGAGCUCAUCGACGCCAAACAGAAGACAUAGAUCAAAAAUGGUACCAUCAAAGAGCAUGAGUAAUGUUAAACAGAAUAUUUUGGACAUAAGUACGAGGUCAGAGAGAACUAGACCAAAGCAGUUAAACUUCGAUCCAAAUAUGUUGCACUCAAAUUUAGAAUCGAGUUUAUCGAAAAGCCUGAGUAAUAUCAAAUCAUUCACAGACGUAGAUUAUCCUUCGGCUACGUAUCUUAAACCUAUGGAUCUCUUAAGACCUCCAGAGAGUGUUGACAACUUCAAAAUACCGGAUGUCCAUCCUCAGUCCAGCUCCAAAGAUCUCGCAAGCGGAAUACUUCAGGUUUAUGCUGCCUACGAAACAGGCCUGGCCACUGGUACCAGCCUGAAGCUGCACGUCACUCCAAGAACUACAGCACGCGAGGUUGUUGAUCUCGUUGUGAAACAGCUCAACAUGGCUGUGGUACUAAAAGGAAAAGAAGGUCCUAUUUAUAACAUUGAUAAACUCAAAAACUUCUGUUUAGUCGCUGUAAUUGGUGCUAGAGAACGUUGCUUAAGAGAUGAUUUCAAACCUUUGCAACUCCAAAAUCCCUGGAAGAAAGGGAGGCUCUAUGUUAGACAGAAACAUGAUGUUCUAGCUGCUCUCGAGCAUAGUAGCAAACACAGCACAAUUAUUUGAAAUGUUGAUCAUUGAAUGAUAUGACAUUAUCAAUAGUGCACAGGCUGAUAAGUGAUGAGAAUAUUUUCGUUUGAGAAUGGACUUUUGAAAAUGUGUUUUCGCUCAAAUUGAUGUAUACCCCACGAAUCAAUAGGUAUCACUCUUCAAAGAACCAGUUACUUCAUAUUCCAUACUUUCAAAUUCCUGAUGAAGAUAAAAUCAAAGUAUAUUGUGAUCUAGGAAAGAUAUUGACCCGUUUUCUAAUUCAGAUGUCACCAACAUCUAUCUUAACACUUCAUAUUUUAAAAUUUUUUAUGGUUUAAUUUUUUGUGGUCAACAAAUCUGAAGUAAUUGGUUGAAACUGCUUGCUGAAUCAAUAUUUCUUAUUGAUGUUGUUACACUGCUACCAGGAAACCGGCUUUUCAAUGUUUCCAUUUUACAAUAAGAAACUAAAUUCAAAAUACUAGACAGGCAGUAAACAUCUAAUUGGCCAUUGGAAAGUCGGAAUUAGUCAAAUUUGAAAUGGUGCUAGAUGAUUGAUAUAUCUUAUGACUAUUAUAAAUAGUAAUAUAAGAGUUGCCUAAGCUCGAAUAUGAAACAAGUCUGGUAAUCUCUAGGUGAGAGAUAGAAACUAAUUGGAUUUUCUUAUAAUGGUGUAUCUGUCUUUCACAAAGGGAUAUUUUCACUUGGAUCGUACUCUUGGCAACAAAAUGAUUUCUCCAAUGCCUGCUGUACUUCAUUCUGUUUGUAGACAUUGGAGAUUUUACCGCUGUGAUGAUAUAAUUUAGAGAAUUUAUAUGUAUAGGACCACUAUUGACAAAAAAUAAUUAUUGACUGAGGUUUUUACGAAUAGUAAUUUUUGCCAUCCACAUUUACUCAGUGAUAGAAAUACAUAUUUUUGAAAAAUUGAAUUUUGGGCCUACCAGCUCGCUGAACUCCACAAAAUAGUAAGAAUUUUUUUGUAGUUGUUCGAAAGUGCUCUUAGAAACAAUCCACUUCUAUAUUUUUUUCAACGAUAUCCUACAUUAAAAUCUCUGCAAGAACUAGAACCUGAAAUGCAACCAUUAUCAAUUUCUUUCAGUGGUUUAUGGUGUUUGUCAAAAAAUAUUAAUUUUGAUAAAAAGUAAAGUAACUUUAUUUCUGACAAUAUCGUAUAAAGGUUAUUACAAUUAUAAAUCGCGUUCAAAUAUACAAUCACAUCAAUUAACAAUUUGAAAUAUCAGAUUUCGUUAUCUUUCACCAAUGUUUUCGUUCUACAAAUUAAUUCUUAUGUAUUUCAUAAAUUCUAACGCAUUUUGACGUUUACUGUCAAACAUAACUUGUCACUAUCUACAUCUCAGAUUUCAUGUACCUACAAUAGUCACAGUUGAAUUUUUGUUUUGCAAUAUAAAAAAAAUCCUAAGGUGUUCGUAAAAGUUGUUUUGAACGUGAUAUUUAAUUAAUAAUAUCAACUUUUUUCAAUAACAAUUUCCGAAAAAUAGAGGUACUGAUCAAAUUUUGUAUUUUUUUACAAACCUCGUAUAAAACUUAAAUAAUUUGAUAACCGUGUGUUGAAUUUUAGAUUUUACUUAUUGCAUAUUUUUUCAUAAAGAAAAACAUUUUAUCUUGAUAUAAUGAAUACGCUGAUCCAUUACUUAAUGAAAAUUGAUAAUAAUAGCGAAUUAUCGAAUUUUUGGGCUAUAAAUUACAAUUGAGGCUCCUUUUGCUACACAAAAAAAGUUUGCUAUAUUGUACCUACUCACUCUCAUAUUACUUAUAUUGUUUUUUGUUUCCAUAAAUUCAUCAAGUCAAAGAUGGUUAAUUCAGAAAUGUCAAACUGUGGGCUUCUAUCUUACUUGAAAUAUUAAAAUUUUGUUCUUUUCCAUUCAAAAUAUUAGAAAAAAUUAUUCCUAUAAUGGAACUCGGUCACAACGAAUAUUUCAUGAUUAAGAUACUAGCAAACGGCAUUUAUUUAAAAGUAUAUAUUUUACAUUGAAGAAAAUAAGACUUUUUGCAUUCCAUAAUUAUAAAAAAUUCACCUGCUGGCUGGCCCUCAUCAGUUUGAUUUCAACAAACAAUAUAAAACUACAGGGUGUGCUACGGAAAAAUCUCAUUCCUAACCUAAUUGUUCUUAUGUGAAAAUAUUGUUCAGAAUUUGUAGACGUUGCCAGUAAAUAUACACAGAAAAUAAAAUGUCUCCUAUUGAAUAUAUCUAAAUGUUAGAAACUGUCUAGUUUAUAUUAAAAUAUAAUUCUAUAAGAAUAACGCUUGUUGAAAUAAAAUGUCCAAGGUGUAGUAGAGAAUCAUAUCAUAGCAUUAUGUGUUCAAAAAUCGAAUAUUUAUUUUAUUUAUGAAUCUAUUUUUAUUUCAGUACAAAAAUCUUGAUAUUAAUUUGAACAAUGUUAUAUUUGUAUAUAAUUAUGAGCAGAGUAUGAUAAAAUUCUAUAAAACUGUAUAGUGCAAUUGAAUAUGUAAGGAAUUUCGGGAAUGAGACAACCAAAAACUAGUGCAUCGUAUUAUGUUGGCAAUGCACAUUAUAAUCCUGAGAAAUAUAAUUUGUAUAGAAUGUAAAAUAUUGACUAAAUACAAUGUUAUAAAACGUUA